AACAAAGAUGGCGAUUCAGCUUGGUGUUCCUGGACGUGAUAUGAAUUGUCAAACGUACAACAGAUGAACUAACGAAGCGACAACCGGCACGGCACUGCAGAAAACUCUCCACUGCGGUGAAACUACACGACCACACAACUGCCAACGUCGUAGCGUACAGUAACGGACAAAAUGCCGUCUCCGAAAGCUAAAAACCCCGGUCGAAGCGGAGGGAGCCCGGUGCUCGGCAGCUCCAACGGCCGCUACGAGUUCAUGUCGCUGACGAAGCCGCUGAACCGCUCCUCGCCGCCUCACCUGCUCCAGCGGCAGGGCUCCGAUCCGACCACCGCCCGCCUCCGAGCUUCGGAGAGCCCCACUCGGCGUCGGGGCUCCAGCUCCUCCACGGGCUCGGCGAGCGGUCAGGGGCUGCCGGAAGAGGACGGUAUACGGCUUAACCCGUCCUUCAUCCGCGUCGCGCUCAGCUCGCUGCUCGCCAUCGACCUGUGGCUGUCCAAGCGGCUCGGGGUUUGCGCCUGUGAGGACUCGUCCUGGGGCAGUGUGCGUCCCCUGAUGAAGCUCAUAGAGAUAUCUGGACAUGGCAUCCCCUGGCUGGCCGGUACCGCCUACUGCCUGUACAAGAGUGACAGUGCUGCAGGGCAAGAAGUCAUGCUCAACCUUCUUAUGGGCCUGCUGCUGGACCUGAUCCUGGUCGGCGUUGUUAAGGCGGUGGUGCGUCGGCGUCGGCCAGCCCAUAACCGCAUGGACAUGUUUGCCACCUUUUCCGUGGAUCGCUAUUCCUUCCCGUCCGGCCACGCCACCCGUGCCGCCCUGUGUGGGCGUUUCCUGCUGGCCCACCUGGUGCUGGCCGCCCCGCUGAGGGUCCUGGUGCUGCUGUGGGCGGGUCUGGUCGGGCUGAGCCGAGUGCUGCUGGGCAGACACAACGUGACUGAUGUGGUGUUUGGCUUCUGGAUGGGCUACUGCCAGUACAACCUGGUGGAGAUGCUGUGGCUCUCACCUCAAACCCUGCAAGGGCUGCUGGGACAGUUAGCUUAACCUUAAGCACUGAAGUAGGAGGAGACGUGGGGGUUUACAUCUUGAUUGUGAGAGCACCUGCACAUCUUUUAGACUGGUAUCUGAGUGAAAUUAUCGUUGGACGAGAGAGGAGAGCUCUAUCAACACACAGUUUGCUUCUUCUGUUAACUGACACUUCCAUCUAUCUUUGCCUCUCAUUCUAAGGUAGCAACUAGCCUGCCAAUAUUAAGUCGUACAUGAUUUUAGUCACAACAAACCAGAAGGGAACAAAUUUGAUCAGUUUACCUCCUGAUGCCACCUCACUCACCUCUGCCACCUCACUGGCCUGAUCCAAGGAAACGAUAUGAAGUCAACUCUUUCCACUUUUAUGGGUGUUGAACACUAAGUUUACUUUUUACGAUAAGGAGACAUAAGUGCAGUUUGAUGCCCUUUUGACUUGCAGAUUUGUCUGGAUAUCAUCAGUGACUUUAUAUCACGGAGGAGUCAAAUAUUUGAUAAAUAAUUUGAAUUUACAAUAGAAAAGUAAUAUGCUUUGACUUAAACUGCAGGUUUUACGCUUUGAUCAAUGCACGACCAAACAGCCGUAAGUAAAUGAAAAUCAGUCAUUAAUGGAAGAACCUGCAUAAUUCUGAUCUGUAUCCUGAUUUUUAAAUUUCCUGCUCAGAAUGUCAGAAUACUCAGCUGGUCAUGAACAAAGGGUUCACAGAGUCAUAUUUGUCUAAGUAGUUUAAACAAAUGCAUUAAGUAGACACUUAUCAGGAGCAUUUACUUCCUCAAGCAAUGUUCAUAACAGCGAGUGUUAUACCUGCUCAGCUUCUUUAGGAUGAUUUCUAAAGACCAAUCUUGAAGUCUGUGUCCUUAAAGCACCCUCUUUACUACUGAUCUGAUAGGAUUAGAUAUUACAUUGUUCAAAGUAUACACACCUAAACACUUCAGCGUUAUCUAACUGUAUCGUGUUUUUUUUUUUUUCUUUUGCACAACCGCCGUUUUAUUAAUUAUCAACCAAAACAACUCCUGUAAGUGACAACCAAUCAGCUCUGACUGAGUAGAUUUGGCACUUAGCCACAUUGUUAUCCGGUCAUCUGAGGUUACUUCCAGGAAUUUGCAAAUAUAAGGUUGUCACAUCAGAUAUGCUUGGAUAAUUAUUAUGAAACAUAUCGUGUAUCUGUUUUAUUUAAAGUGUUUAUGCAGGGAAGACAACGGUGAUGUGAUUUUGUGGGUUUGAGGUUGAAAAAAAGUCAUCAGUUAAAAAAUAAAACUGGCAUUUCAGAUGAUGCAAUGAGGCUGAAGUCUGACAUAGUGUGCAGUACCUUUGUCUAUAUUAGGAAGGAAGACUGCAUUUUAAAUUGACUAGAUUACAGUGGUACAUACUGUAUAUUUACAAAAAAAGACCGUUUUCUCUACUUGAUAGUAAAAGAGUCACAGAUUUGGUGUUUUGAAUUUAUGAAAGAUUGUAAAUUUACUACACGUGAGUUGUCAGUUUCAUUUAUUAGACAGAAAAAAAACUAUAUUUGUAGAGCAGAAAGUGGAGGUCAAAGAAACCCACAGCAUUUAUAUUUGACAAAACUAACCCAAUAACUGAAGAUACGAUCAGCUGAGGUUUUAAUUGAACAGAAAUAUGGUGACUUUCUUUCAUCCAACCCAACAAUAUUCCAAGAAUUUUUUUUUUUUUUUCCGUUUACCACUAAUCUGAACACUUCAGAUCUGUCAAUAUGAGUUAUAAAAUAGAGAUACACCUAAAACCUGGACAUGUGUAAAUACCAGAAAUGUGUUAAAUUGGCACUGACUUAAAACAGAUGAAGAACCAAAGCAGCUAUCAUCAUUGUUCAAUCUAAGACCAAGAAAAUAUCACUUGAAUCUUGCUCAUUACAAUCUUGUUUAAAUCUUACACUGUGAAAUCAUUCCUAAAUAUCCUAACAUUUUAACCUUCUAUUUUUUUUAAAUGUUGCCGCUGUAUUUUCAAAAAUUGCAAUAAUUUUAGCUAUACGGACUAGGAUAGAUGAUAAUUAGAAGAUGUUUUUGACACAGCAGCAAGUAGUUUGUUGGCAACGAGUUUGGGUGGAUGAAGAUGUUUUGACUAAUUUGCUAUGCAGUGAUCUGGUGUGCUGCCCGAAUGUUUUGUGAUCUACUGUCUAUGUGGUACAGUUUUGUGGACAUUCUUGCAAUUGCAAAAGAACAAAAAUGGCAUCAUAUCGCCUGUGCUAGCUAAUGCGGUGUCACAUGGCCCUGUAUGACAAAUUCCAGUUGGAUAGCUUGUGAUUUUAAUCUUUUGACAUGCGCUUGCAUAAAGUUUUGCACUAAUGUUCAGCUGAAGAUUCGCAAAGGCAAUAAUAUGUGAAGAUGCGACAUGUCUUCCUGCAGUAAAUAUUUGACUUGUUCUCAGCCUUGUGCUUCGACUGCAGCACAUAUGUUUGGAUACAAAUCUGUCGGACUUGGGAUUUUACAUUUCCUAUUCCCCAGACACCAUGUUUGCUUGUUUGAUAUGUAAUCCAUGAACUGUCCCACUCACCAGCUGGUGGACGGAGAUCCAACAAUAACAAUAAACUGGCGCCAGUGGUGAAGGUUUUGUAACCUAGAAGUGUCUUUGAUGUUAGCACUGUCAUGGAGGAGUGUAAGCAUGUGUAGGAUUGUGUAAAGAGUUGUAGUUUUGUGUCCUUACAUGUGCUGGCUGACCCUCAUAUACUCUGCCAAAUCUGAGGGGGAAAAAAAAUGUUUUUUUCCCCACUUUAAGCAACAGGAAAUAAGGAAACUUGGAAAGGAAAUGUUGUGCAUAUAUGGCACGUCAUCUUGUCAUUCGCAUGGUUCACAUUCUACGUUCAUUCUCAUCCUCGCUUGCAUGACUUUUGCUGCUGUGUUGGUUUAUGUUUCUGGACCACUUUGUCAGCACAGAGCAGAUAAUUAAAUACAGCAGCUAACUUCACCGACAAACAUCUUGGCACUGCCAGAAACCAGGAGCUGUUAAUCUGCAGGUGCAUCUUAGUUUAUAUCGUCAUAUAUGGAAAUAUUUAGUUGUAUUUGAAACUAAUAAUUUCUUUAACAAAAAUAAAGUUCUCUGUCUGUGCAGCUUUUACUUUUUGAGAGAUUUUGGGCUGUGAACCACUUCCUGUGGCUGGUGCAGAUCUAACUAUUUGGUGUCAACCAAAGCAAUGUAAACGACUGUUCCCAUUGUCAACUGUUGUUGACUUUUUGCAUACUGUGACGUCUUUCUGCAAUAAACAGCCAAUUAUCUUCCCAGUGCCAGUGAGUGAGGUGGCAGUUCCAGGCUUUUUUUUUAUUACAUUACCAUUCUGUUGCAAAUCUAAAUAUGCUGGAUUGUGAAUUUUGUGACCAAAAGAUUUUUUUACGAUUUUUUGCGUCGCUGUACAUUGAAAUGAAGCUUAAAACUAUAAUAUGUUGUUUAUCACAGUGAGUACAGGCACUAUAUAUUUGUGUGUGGGAUAGAUUUUGCACAUUACAUGUCACCAGUUUGUUCCCAGGUUCAGAAACUAUCAAAAGACAUUUUUCUGGUUUAUUCAGCCUCUCAAAGAUUGUCAGCAGUUGUUACAUGGGUUCUUGCACAUAGUCAGACACGGUAUUGUUCUCUACACUCUGUUUUGCCUGCUGAAAACUAUAAAUAAUAAUGUGUGUCAACUGUAUAGACCUUAUUCUAAUAUAUAUACACAGUAUGUCUGUAUGGUCACGUGAUUGCACUGUUCAAUGCAUUUCAGUUUGUGAUUAAAUGGGUUUAUUCCCACAGGA